AUGGCCCCACAAGCACACCAGCCUGACUUUACGGACACGACCGACUUCGAGAACGCGUCUCGUGGUUUACUUGGAUUUCUCGAGCCAUGCAUUAUCCGCUCUGCCGAAGGACGCGUGGUAUGGAACAACGACGAGUACAGUUUCGUCCACAACACGGAAUGUCCCGAGACGGCCAACCCGAAGCUCUGGCGUCAAGCUCAAUUGGCCUCUCAGCAGGGGCUAUUCGAAGUCACGCCAGGAAUCUAUCAGGUCCGUGGGUUUGAUUUGGCCAAUAUGACGAUUGUCGAGGGAGACAGCGGCAUCAUCGUCAUCGACCCUCUCACCUCCUCUGAAUGCUCCGCUGCAGCUUUAGCUUUGUAUCAUAAGCAUCGAAGCGACAGAAAAGUGACAGGUUUGAUCUAUUCACACUCGCAUAUCGAUCAUUUCGGGGGCGCGAAAGGGGUCCUUUCAGAUACUGCCGAUAUCCCUAUCUUAGCACCAGAGGGAUUCAUGGGAGAGGCGACCAGUGAGAACACACUUCUUGGUCCGGCUAUGCGUCGCCGGGCCAUGUACAUGUAUGGAAGCGGGCUACCCAAAUCUCCGGACGGCCAGCUGGGCUGUGGUAUCGGUAUGGCUGUCUCUAGUGGAACAAAUACCUUGGUCCCGCCAAACGAGACAAUUUACCGAACCGGCGAGGAGAGGGUUGUUGACGGAAUCCGGAUUCAGUUCCAGAUGGUCCCUGGCACAGAAGCACCGUCCGAAAUGAACUUCCAUUUUCCCCAUCAUCGCGCACUGUAUAUCGCUGAAUGCGCGACACACUGUUUACACAAUAUCAUCACCUUGCGCGGAGCCUUGGUCCGAGACGCCAAGGCCUGGGCUCACUAUCUCGACGAGUCCUUGGUUUUAUUCGGAGACAUAUCAGAUGUGCUAUUUGCCGGACAUAACUGGCCCACCUGGAGACAAGAGAAUAUCACGACUAUGAUCUCCGAACAACGAGAUCUCUAUGGCUUUUUGCACGAUCAGACAGUCCAAAUGAUGAAUACCGGGAUGAUAGGAAUCGAAAUCGCAGAGAAGUUGACCUUACCACCGGCGUUGCAAAAGGCGUGGCACACCCAGGGAUUCUACGGAUCCGUGAGCCAUAACGUCAAGGGAAUCUAUCAACGUUACAUGGGCUGGUUUGAUGGUAACCCCGCGCAUCUGUGGGAGCAUCCUCCCGUUGAGAAUGCCAAACGGUAUGUGGAUUGCAUGGGAGGAAUUGACGAGGUUGUUCGCAAGGCAGAUGGAUACUCACAGAAUGGGGAUUUGAGAUUUGCGGCCACUUUGCUCGGGCAUGCCAUUGCGCUCGAUCCCGGGUAUGAGGGUUCCAGAAAACUGCUAGCGGCAGUGUUUGAGAGACUGGGAUUCGGAGCUGAGAAUACCACCUGGAGAAACUUUUAUCUAUCUGGUGCACGAGAUCUGCGUGCUGGGAAUAAAGGUCAGACGGCGCCACGGGCCAUGCACGGGUUCUCGCCAAUGCAGUCGGUGGAGCAGUGGCUCUCUGUCCUGUCUGUACGCCUGGAUGGAUCAAAGGCUGCCGAGGAGUCGUUCACGAUAGAUAUUAUACUGAAGGAUCUGGAACAAACCUGGCGGGUGAUCAUCAGCAAUGGCGUUCUCACCUACAGACGUCAAUCUCGUCAGUCGGAGAAUGCGGUGAAAUCGGACUUGAUAAUCAGGCUUGACAAAAGUCAGCUACAAAACAUCCUCAAUGGGGCCUCGGAGAAGGGGAAGAUCGAACAGGAAGGGGAUGGCUCUCUGUUUAAAAGAUUCCUCCUGUUAACAGGUGUGAAACAGGAUGUAUCCGGUACCAAAAGCCAUAUAUAG